CGCCCAGUCGUAAACAGGGUUAGAGGGCGGUUUCCAAAACGUAUUAAUUGUCCGAAUGAAAAAAAGCUUUCACGGCAAAUGUCGCGGAAAAAAUGAAACGGAAUAUUGCCAUAAUAACCUUUUAAGGGGUGAUAAAUCGCUCGAGUGAUAUCAUUUUAGGGACAUUUCAAGCCGGCUAUUCUCUUAGUUGGUGCUUUUAUCGCGCGAGAUGCUUAUCGGCUUUUCAAAAAAUAUUGUGGGAUAAAAGAAACGAUUUAAUUUAUGGAAACGGAUUGAGGGAUUUUGCGACGAAACUUGGGUUUGUCAAAUGUGAUUUUGGUUAACUUCGUAAUUUGAGGGUCGGUUUGUGAUUAAUUGUCGCUGGGAUCGAGUAAAUAUUUUUGGUAGCGAGACUAUUAAUAGCUUUGGGGUUGGAAGCUGAGACUAAACAACAACUGGGAAAAACUCCACAUCUUCAUCGUCACUUAUUUAGAAAACAAAAUUGGAUAAAAACAUUGUUCGUGAAAAAAACUCAUUCAUUCUAAUUAAACCUAAUGAAAUUUUCCUAAAUCCCUUGCGUGUAAAAAAUUUCAUUCAUUUUUUCAGUUGUGCCAUGUUGUGUUGAAUCAAUGGAUCCGAAUCACACAAUACCUCACAAUAUCUCGUCCCUUUUGAACGAGAGUCGAAAAGUUGAUCCUCAACUCUAUGACAGAUAUGUAAGGAAUAGAGCCGUUGAUGAACCAGCUUGUACCGCCCUCAUAGCAAUGUAUAGUGUGCUUAUUGUCUUAGGAGCGUUAGGGAACACUUUAGUGAUAGUUUCAGUGAUUCGCAAACCAGCAAUGCGUACUCCUCGAAAUAUGUUUAUUUUAAAUUUGGCUGUUUCUGAUCUGCUCUUAUGUACUGUGACCAUGCCUUUGACUUUGAUGGAGAUCAUCACGAAAUAUUUUCCGCUAGGAAAUAACGUGUUUAUUUGCAAAAUUGUGGGACCUUUACAAGCAACGAGUAUCUUUGUAUCGACGAUUUCGAUUACGGCCAUCGCGCUGGAUAGAUAUCAGGUAAUCGUCUACCCGACCAAAGAAAGCCUCCAGCUCUUUGGAGCCGUAAUCAUCCUAGGUCUUAUAUGGCUCUUAGCCCUUUUCCUUUCGACUCCUUUGUACAUAGUGAAGCAGCUCAACACCCACAAUAUCUCUCUUGGGAAGGGCAUCGACGAACUCAACUUUUGCAUCGAAGAUUGGCCGUUUGACCAUGGAAGGGCUUACUAUUCCGUCUUCUCCCUCAUCUUCCAAUACAUUGUACCCAUCAUUACCGUUUCGGCCGCCUAUUUGCGCAUCUCUUACAAAUUGCGCUACCGCUUCGCUGCCGGUUUUGUCAGCAGUGACGAAUCGUCGCAAAAAGGCCGCCGCCAACUGCGAGGUCGCCGCCUCCAACGCACUAACCUUCUUCUGGGUUCAAUCGCCAUCAUCUUCUGUGUCAGUUGGUUGCCUCUCAACCUUUUCAACUUGAUCGCCGACUUGAAUAAUUUCCCGACAACAUCCCAACCCAUGAUGAUCGGUUACGCUGUUUGUCACAUGAUGGGUAUGUCUUCGGCGUGUUCAAAUCCCGUGCUUUACGGUUGCCUCAACGAAAACUUCUGGAAGGAAUUCAAAGACAUUUUGUGCAUUUCGUCGUCGGAAAAAAACAACGCGUCCGGGGAAACCCAGAAGUUGUCCAUUAGAGAUAAGUUUAAUCAAGUGUUGGGACGGAGUAAGCCUGAUCUAGUGACCGGUGUGACGGAAUACCAACCUUGUAAUACCGCGAGCAGCGAUAUGACAGUGCUCACCAAGUGCUAGCCAUUAAGGAACUUACGGACGAGGAGUAACGGGAGAGAGUCGAGUGUUGUAAAUAGAACGCAACAAAUGUGACUGAUUUUUUAGGAUGUAAUUUGUGUGGUGUGAUUGGGACUCGAGCCUAGAUGCUAUUACAAUCCAGAUAAAUUAGUUAGCGCCAUGUUGUAAAGAUGGCGAUUUGUAACGCAACGCCAUCUUUACGGCAAAUCUAAUUUGUGUGGGGUUUAAGGUCACGACAUCGGCGAGUCCACGGUGUCAAGUGACAUGAAAUGGUCUAGGCUUGAGACCGACUCUUCAAUGUCAAAUACGCAAAUAGUUAACUCGAAUUGCCUAUGAAAGCUGUCAAUUUAUAUUCUAGUCCACUAUAUUAUUAAUGUGAUGUUUAUAUGAAAUAAAACAAAAUUAUUAAUGUCCAGAAAUAAAUAGUUUGUUUUAUAAA